GUUUCUCUCGUCCUGUUGGGCAUGUGCUUGCUUCUCAUUCCUUGAAAACAAGACUACCUUCCGCCAUUAAAUUAACAUCGGGAGACGAAAAGUACGACAUGCGAGUCAUCAUAUCGAAACAGUAAAAUGAAUGGGGACCAAGAAGAGGCAAUCCUACGCUUUCUCCAACUUGCCGCUCGAAACGACAACCCUCUCUCUCCCAUCCCAAUGAAGAAUUCAGCCAACUAUUCCACAGCAAAGCACUGAGUUCACCAAGAAACUGAGCUCUUUGCCUCUCUCUCUCUCUCUCAAAAUCCUUGAGAAAUUAGACACACACCAUGCAACGAUUAUCGAGCGCCGGCCUUGCCAAUCGCUUCGCUGGAGCGACGACGAUUUGGCGUCCUCCGCUUAAGAAGGGACCCUCCUCCGUGGUUCCUUCUCUGUUGCUCUUCCUGUUGGUCCUUGUUGCUCUUGCUUUCACCUCCACUUUGAAGAUCGAUACGUCUGCAAUCUCUGCGGGUAAUCCAAAUAAUCAAAGCGUAGUCAUCUCGGACGAGAAACGGCUUAAUCUCCUACCGAAGAAGCUCGAAUUCCCAUUGAAUUGCAGCUCCGAAAACCAGACCCAAACCUGCCCAACAAACUAUCCGAUGUCGUUUUCGCCACAAGACCCAUCCACCGAACCCGAUUGCCCGGAUUAUUUCCGAUGGAUCCACGAAGAUCUGCGUCCGUGGAAGGCUUCAGGAAUCACGAGGGACAUGGUGGAGAGGGCGAAACCGACCGCGCAAUUUCGCCUAGUGAUCAUCAAAGGCAAGGUUUAUGUGGAAAAGUAUAGGAAGUCAAUACAAACUAGGGAUAUGUUCACAGUUUGGGGUAUUUUGCAAUUGCUGAGGAGGUAUCCCGGUCGAAUACCCGAUUUGGAGCUUAUGUUCGACUGCGACGACCGGCCGGUGAUCCAGUCGCGGGACUACCGUGGGAAGAAUGGGACGAGCCCGCCGCCGUUGUUUCGGUACUGCGGGGAUCGUUGGACAAUGGAUAUCGUCUUUCCAGAUUGGUCCUUCUGGGGUUGGGCUGAGAUUAAUAUAAAGCCAUGGGAGAGGUUGCAGAUGGAGCUGAAACAAGGUAAUGAGAGGAAGAAAUGGAUAGAAAGAGAACCGCACGCAUAUUGGAAAGGAAACCCCUUUGUGGCUGAAACCAGGAAAGACCUCCUCAAGUGCAAUGUUUCCGAGACUCAAGAUUGGAACGCUCGCUUGUUCAUCCAGGAUUGGAUCCUUGAAUCACAACAAGGAUUCAAGAACUCAGACCUCGCAAGCCAAUGCACACACAGAUUCAAGAUCUACAUCGAAGGGUACGCGUGGUCGGUCAGCGAGAAGUACAUUCUGGCCUGUGAUUCCACGACCCUGCUGGUGAAUCCUCAGUUCUACGACUUCUUCACCAGGAGCCUUAAUCCCUUGCAGCACUACUGGCCCAUCAGGGCCGACGAUAAGUGCCGAUCCCUCAAGUUCGCCGUGGACUGGGGCAAUAGCCACAAGCAAAAGGCACAAGAGAUAGGGAAGGCUUCGAGUGACUUCAUCCUGGAGCAAGUGAAGAUGAGCAAUGUGUACGACUACAUGUUCCAUUCGUUGAACGAAUACGCCAAGCUUCUCAGGUUCGAGCCAGAGGUCCCGGAAGGAGCAGUGGAGGUCUGCUCUGAGCUCAUGGCUUGCCCUGCUGGUGGAGUUGAGAGGGAGUUCAUGGUGGACUCGUUGACCAUGAGCCCAUCUGCUACAGGCCCAUGCACUAUGCCCCCACCAUACGAGCCCAAGCUGGUUGAUACCAUGUGGAGGAGAAGUGCCGGCGCAAUCAGGAGGGUGGAGAGAUGGGAAAACGAGUUUUGGCAACAGCGCGACAACAGAUCAGCUUAGCUGUGUACGCGUUCAUAUUUGGAUACUCGUCUUGUAAACAGAGGAAGUUACUUACUUUGUAAAUCAACUAUUUUUUAAAAAAAUAUAUAUUAGAAUAUUUAUAAAAAUGUCUACAU